GUCAUCGAAAAUCAUAUUUCGAUAAGAUUGCAGACAUUUUAAAAAAAUGUAAAAUGGAACCCUCUACAUUUAUAGCUACAGAAAAUGGUAUCGAAGAUAUACAAUAUUUAAUGCACCUAGAAGCCAUCAAGCGUUUCACCGACGACAACAAAAACGUUCAAGGCAAUGUGGAGGAGCAGGCGCGCAACUGGCAAGACGCCAAGUGCGAGUACCAAAGCCACUACAGUCGCUUGGUCCGCAUUUCCAAAUGCUGCUUGCUAGCGAACGCUGCAGCCACCCAGAAAAGCGUUGCUACCGACCAGGUUGCACGUAUGGCCAACGAUGUGAGAACGUUGGCGUCCAAAAUUUCCAGCGACAAACAAGCUACAAUCCUGAACCAGAAUGCCAUGGAGCAGUCCACAAUCAACCUGAAGACGGGCCACCGCGCGCGCUCGCUGCUUAGCAAGCAGCAGCGAAACUGUGCCGAUAAUCAGGAGACCCUCAAGUCGGUGCACGAAUCUGUGGAACUUGUGGAGAACCGCUUGGAAGCGACUACUGUUCUGGCUCUGGACAAUCUGAUCAGAGAGUUGCCCCCGAGGGAAUCGAGCAAGAAUGUUGAUUCGUCGUAAAUAUAUUUGGAAUACAUGGAUUCUUUGUACAUUAAUAAAAGCGCAACAGAUUUAAGCUAUAAUCUACGAA